UUGACAUGCCCGUUGAAUUGUCACUUGUGGCAGUUUGUGUUAUUUUACCUGUGGGGCUGCGUAAACCCGCCGAACUUACGUGUUGAUCGCCACCUUCCAAGUCCCGGUACCGGGGACAAAACGCACAAAUAGUCUAACCGGCAAUCAGCUCCAUUUCAGCCAUUUCUUUCUUCCAACUCAAGGGCAAGAGUUCGUCCAGGUGGUUAAUAAACGCGAAGCGAAGAACUCUGGUGAAUAUUAGCGGAACAUUUUCAGAUAAAAGCUACACAGAGCAGGAAGACGAUAAGAAAGUGUAGAUAGAGUCGAGGGAAAAUAACAUGGGACGUUCAGAUUAGUUAGGUUCCAAUUCUUUGCAGGAACCAAUUGAGCGGAAUGUUUGGUUGUACGCGAUACUUGAGCGAAUUUUGAAUGCAUUGUGUGUAAGACGUUACUCGGUGCUGAUUCCGAGGUUUUUACUUCCUGUUCCAACAGCUUCGAGUGAGUAGCGUCGCUGGUAUUAUUUACUCAAUUGUGAAGCAUUCGAAUGCUUGCUAUGUACAUUUGCCGAUGAGGCUUUUCUUCAGUGCCAAAUCAUCUUUCCAAGAUUCGCAUUGUGUGUUGGAGGGCGGAUUCCAAUUCAUCUUUCACGUUGAGUCCUCUCAUAGCCAGUGUCCUGUCACUUGUUGCGCACAAGAUAUUGAUAAAUAUUCCUGAAAAUGCGGAGAAGAAGUCGUCUUUGUUGUGUGAAAUCAGCCAUAGCAGUAUUUGCCUUAUUAACGAUCAUUCUCUUCACAUCAAAAUGGAUAGCUGGGCCAGAUUUCACAAAUCCAGACUUUUAUCGAAGUCAAAACUUAGUUAAUCUGCCUCAAUUUGCUGCUCAAGUGUUCAACAGACAUCCUAAAAAGUUUGAAUUUGAUCCGAACGAUCUUAAAGACUGGCAUGACGAAGAAGCAUAUCAAAAGGCAUUGGCUCGGAAGGGCCUUGGUGAACAAGGCCAACCCGCCGAACUCGUGAAUCCAGACAAGGAAAAAGAACGCACCAUGUUCAGAGCAAAUGGGUACAAUGCAAUGCUGAGUGAUCAGAUUUCGCUGAAUAGAUCUGUCCCCGACAUCCGGAAUCCAGGAUGUAUACAUAAGAAAUAUUUGAGUAAAUUGCCUCAGGUUAGUAUUGUCAUUCCUUUCUAUGAUGAACAUUGGAGUCCUUUGCUGCGCUCAUGCUUCGCAAUAUUAAACCGCACACCACCUGAAUUGCUCAAAGAAAUCAUUCUCGUUGAUGACGCCAGCACAAAGGAAUUUCUAGGCGAGAAACUGGAGAAAUACGUUUCGCAAUAUGUUCCGAAAACACGAAUAGUACGAUUACCCGAGAGAUCAGGCCUUAUCGUGGCACGAUUGGCCGGCGCUAAAGUGGCGACUGCUGAUAUUUUAAUUUUCUUCGAUUCGCACGUUGAACCUAACUACAAUUGGCUCCCGCCUCUCAUCGAUCCCAUCGCAAGAAAUCCGAGAGCAUGCGUUUGUCCUUUCAUCGAUGUUAUUGCUUACAAUACAUUCGAAUAUAGAUCACAAGAUGAGGGAGCUCGUGGGGCGUUCGACUGGCGCUUCUAUUAUAAACGUCUCCCGUUACUGAAGGAAGAUCUAGAGGAUAAGACAAAACCCUUCAGAAGCCCAAUAAUGGCAGGUGGAUUGUUUGCAAUUGGACGGGACUUCUUCUGGGAACUCGGGGGCUACGACGAAGGGCUGGAUAUCUGGGGAGGCGAACAGUACGAAUUGAGCUUUAAAAUUUGGAUGUGUGGAGGUGAAAUGUUAGAUGCUCCUUGCUCAAGAGUUGGCCAUAUAUAUCGAGGUCCAGGUGGACAUUUGAGUAAUCCAAGAACAAACGACUUUUUGCAUAAGAACUACAAACGAGUGGCUGAAGUUUGGAUGGAUGAGUAUAAGGAGUACUUAUAUAUGCGGGAGCCCAACCGAUAUGCGAAACUAGAUGCCGGCGACUUAACGAAACAGAAAGCUUUGCGAGAAAAAUUGCAAUGUAAAUCGUUCAAAUGGUUUAUGGAGGAAAUUGCGUUCGACCUGCCCAAGAAAUACCCACCAAUCGAGCCGCCAGACUAUGCUUCUGGUGCUAUACGUAGCGAUACUUCCAACAACUUAUGUAUUGAUACCUUAAACGUCGGUCAUCGUCAAGAGGUGGGACUUUAUCCUUGCGCGAGUGAUUUAGUGUAUCCGCAGAGCAAUCAAUAUUGGGCCUUGAGUUGGCAUAAAGAUCUGCGCUUAAAAAUGAAAGCAGAUUGUCUGGAUGUGUCUGAAUCCUACCGAAAUGCUCCUGUUGUUCUUUAUGAGUGUCAUUUGCAAGGCGGCAAUCAACUUUGGCAAUACGAUGUGGAAAAUAAGUGGUUAGUGCACGGUUCGGGUAAAAGUUGUUUAGAGGCGGAUCUUAAAAACCAUAAAGUUUACGUGAAUCGCUGUGAUCCGGCAAACUUGAAAAUGAAAUGGUCGUUUGGACAUGUUAACAGGACUGCUCUGGCUGAGCUGAAAAUUAAUAAACAUCAAGUGUCCGAGGAGGAGGGUCUGUAGUGGUGGGGGAUCUUAGCAUUUACCGUAAACAUUUUUGUACUUAAUAUUUUUUAUGAUAAAAGUUUCAAGUGAAAAUAGACUUUCUAUUUAAGUGAUUAAAGUGAUUUUUCACAGAACUCCGUUCACUGCAUUCCAUCGUAUAAUUAUCCAAUGCCAGAAAUGUGUGCCUUCAAUUGAUUAUUUGACGUGUAGUUGUAGAGAGAACUUUAUUUACUAUUUUUCUUUAUAUUUUAUUGUGCAAUUAUUUGAUUUACCUACGUACCAUAUCUUUAUAUGUGAUAAUAUUAAACUAGAAAGUUAAUGUGA